AGAUAACCGUAAAAGUCAGGGGGGGAUUCUGGUGUGGCCUGACCCCACAGGUGGCACAGACCACCAGGCUAUUCCACUCUUAGCCUUCUGGGUGGAAAAGAGCCAUAUACAUUCCUUCUCUUGAAGAAGCAAACCUGCCUGCCUGCUUCACUUCCCUGGUUUCUGUAUUCCUUGUCUGUGAGCACAGGGACUUCAUGCCCUCCACAGGCUGCCUGUUGUCUUGGGUGAGUGUAUUGGGGAAUCUCUGUUGCAUUUGCCUCUGGUGUAUUAUUUGGGUCUCCCCUGGAGGCUUGGGUCCCCGAGUUUCUUCUUAAGCAUCUAGACUGAGAGUUGCUGUGGAUUUCACCUGACUGCGCAGCAGGGCUCAACCAUUUCUCGCCAGGGCACAGCUCCAGUGACCUCAUUGGCCAUCGGUGGAUUGGUGUCUGCGACUAGUAAGACACCAGCAUUGGAUCACUUGGCUUGGGGUCUAGCCAAGCUUGCCCUAACCUGGUGACAAGAAAUCAGGGGAAAGAGCUGAGAUCGGGGGCUACGGGGUUGUGGAGAGCUCUGCAUUCAGCCAGAAAAAAAUGGGACAGGAUGUGACUGGACCUGGCAGGGUAUUGACGCCACCCUUCCACCUCCUCUUUGCUCCAGCACAAGCACCAGCACACAUGGCCACAGCCUGUGGGGUCCUGGUCCCUGUUUUCAUUUACCGUCAUGAAAUCCAGCGUCUUUACUGUCUGUGCAUACCGACAUUUCAGGAGUCCCAUCUGACCCAGGAAGUUUCCAGCCAUGUCAAACAAGGAGCAGAAGGCCAUGAAGAAAAGUGCCAAGCGGCCGAGGGUAGAUAAGCCCCUCCCAUCAAAUGACUCGAAGAACCCAGAUGCAGUCAACCCUGACAGUCCAGCAGCCGGUACCAGUGACAUGGGCAGCCAUUCUUCAAGGUCAGAUGUGCAAGAGGCCAGGGAGCCCGUUCAGAAGAGGAGGCAGGAUUUCAAAGGUGAUGUUACCCAGUUUCUUAUGGAAAAGAGGAAGCAGUUUGAAAAGGAUGUAAAUGCCUCUCUCAGAAGCCUGAUUGAAAACCUCCAGGGUAUUUUGAAAGCUGAGCAGAAGUCAAGGCAGGAGCUUAAGUCUAUGUACUGUGAAAGGUUUGGGUCCCUGUACCAGAAGUGGCUGGAUGAGGUGGACAGCACAAGGGACCAAGAAGAAUACCUCAGUUUUAUAACUCAGCAGCAAAUGAAGAUUUUAGAGACAGCUAUAGUGGACCAUGACACCAAGCUUGAAAACGCUAAAGAGAUGUGUGACACAUAUUUGAAGAAAGCCAACAACUUGAGUAGACAUAGCAAAACCUUUAUUGGUGGUCAGCAAACUAAUGUGGAGAAGGAAAUCUCCAAGGCACAGGACAGAGUUAUCAUGGAAACUCAAGAGCAAGAUGUAUCCAUUGUUGAAACAUACCUUCAGUCCCUGAUCCUUGACCGCCCUGAAGAAACCAUCUGAAGCUCACACAUAGGAGGCACAGGGAAGGGAGCGUUAGCCAAGCUAAGAAGAUAGAGAUAGUAGUAGUAGUAGUAGUAGUAGUAGUAGUCAGUGCAGCCAGCUCCUUUCUCUUUACUUUGUUUGUUAGAAUGGAGACUGAGACUCUGUUUACCAUUAAGCGAACCCACAGCAGUUCUGGGAGAAGCAACAGUUAAGUAUAGAACGUCCAGGCCCACGAGACCGAGGGGGAAUGGCUUCUGCCCGUGCAGUGACAAUUACUCUUUGGAAGCAAAUGUCAUUUGGUGUUGUGGUUGGUUCUCUGUCACGUGCCCAAAGUGAAUGUUACCUUACUUAUUUUAGGAAGAAGUGAAUAAAGAUGGGACCUGUUUUACUGUG